GCAGGCUUUUCGGUUGUCCCAGGAGGAGGCUAAAUCAAGCUUUGGAGACGAUCGCAUGUUGAUAGAGAAAUACAUUGAAAAUCCCAGACAUAUUGAGAUUCAGGUUUUGUGCGACAAACACGGCAACAGCUUGUGGCUCAACGAAAGAGAAUGCUCCAUACAGCGUAGAAACCAGAAAGUCAUUGAGGAAGCACCAAGCAUAUUUUUAGAUCCGGAAACGCGCAGAGCGAUGGGAGAACAGGCUUGUAGGCUGGCUGAAGCUGUGGGGUAUGACUCGGCAGGUACUGUUGAGUUUUUGGUGGACAAAAACAGGCAUUUCUACUUCCUGGAAAUGAACACGCGGCUGCAGGUGGAGCACCCUAUAACUGAGAUGAUCACCGGUGUGGAUCUGGUCCAUCAGAUGCUCCGAGUGGCCAAGGGACAUCACCUCCUGCACCAGCAGCCAGACAUCCCUGUGGAUGGCUGGGCUAUCGAGUGCCGAGUUUAUGCUGAGGAUCCUUACAAGAACUUUGGCAUGCCCUCGAUAGGUCGCUUGUCUCGUUAUGUGGAACCAACACACCUGGAAAAUACUCGCUGCGACAGCGGCAUCAUGGAAGGCAGUGAGAUCAGUAUAUUCUACGACCCCAUGAUCUGUAAGCUGGUCACGUACGGAAGGGAUCGUACGUCGGCUCUCAGCACCAUGGUCAAAGCUUUAGAUUCUUAUGUCAUCAAAGGGGUGACCCACAACAUCCCAUUACUUCGGGAUAUCAUCACGGAGGACCGGUUUGUUAGAGGCGACAUCAGCACUAACUAUCUGCCAGAGGUGUUUCCUGAUGGAUUCAAGGGCAAACAGCUGUCGGUGAGGGAGAAUGAGGAGCUGUCAGCACUGGCAUGUGCUGUUUAUCUCAAGGAUCAGCAGAGGUCUAGGAACUUCAUUAAUCAGAACAGAAUUCCUCAUGUCAGGGAUACAAAGACCAGCUGGUCAUUAAAUGUGCUCAUUAACAAAGUUCGCUUCCAUGCCAAGGUGUCCAGAAUACCUGAUGGCUACAAGGUUGUCAUCGCUGGUGAUGUCUUUGAAGUCAAAGGGAAUUUGUCCUUUAUCUCACCACUUAUGGAUCUUACCAUCAACGGGGAGCAGCGCCUGUUACAGCUGAGCCAAAGACUAGGGGGUGGAAGGUAUGAUGUUCGAUACUACGGAACAGUGUAUCCACUGACGGUGAUGGACGACACAGCCUACCAUUUGAGCCAGUACAUGCUGGAGAAGAGAGAGCCAGACACAAGCUCGCUGGUGUUGGCUCCCAUGCCAGGGGUUCUUAAAUCUGUCACUGUCGGGGCAGGAGACAUGGUGGCUGAACACCAGGAGGUCUGCGUACUGGAGGCCAUGAAGAUGCAGAACAGUCUGGUCAGUGCCAAGAUUGGCAAGGUGAAAAAGGUCAACUAUAAAAUGGGCGACACGGUCAAUGAAGGAGAUGUCAUCGUAGUGUUGGAGUGA